GUGUCUUAAAGCUGAAAAAUUGGGUGGUGAAUAAGAAUUAAUCUGGUAAAAUGUUCACAGCCCUGUCGAUACGUUGUUUCCUGAUUGUCGUGAUAGUGAGCUUCAAAGGAGCUGAAAGCCAAAGAAACCGUAACUGUACUGAAGGUUCCUGCUACGUGUUUAAGAAAGAAGAAAACACAUGGAAGGACGCCAGAACAUCUUGUCAACAACAGAAAGGCGACCUAGUUUCCAUUGAAACCGAAGAAGAGUGGGACUUUAUCAAAGGCGUAAUAAAAAAUUACACUAAUCAAAACAGUACGACUCGGUGGCAGGUUGGUUUGGAAAAAAAAGCUGGCAAGUGGAUCUGGGUGACGGGAAGACCUCUUACCAUUUGUAAAUGGGGAAAAAACCAAUCAAAUGGAAAUGGAGAUGUAGCUAGUAUAACAUGCAUAGGAAAGAGCCAGACCAUUCUUUCGGAUGUUCCAAGGAAUACAUCUGGACCUUUUAUUUGUGAAAUUACCAAAGGUACUGGACAUAAUAAUUCGCAAGGUAUCUGCAAGCACGUCGGAAUACCAUGCGAACUGGAGUAUGGCAAGAGGAGCUGGGCACAGAAUUGUAAAUUUGCUGCCUAUGAUUGCAAACUAAACUGCACUUACGAGCCCCCUUCCGGAAAAUUUAAUGAAGAGUGCGAUGAGACUUUCAAUCCAUAUGUACAACAAUGCUCCUACAAAUCACACGCAGGUAGUACCUAUCACCAGAUCUGCAACGUUACAAAGUGUAAUCUGACAGAGGGCGAACAGAAAUGUACCACCAACAACACUUGCUAUUGUGAAGGUGAUCAGUGUAAUCACACUCGCGGUCACGAAAUGUGUACGCAAACUUGCAUAGGAUUAAAAUCCGGGGAGGCAUCAUCAUACUCGCUAUCGCCGUCGCCAUCACUGUCACAAACGCCAUUGCUGUGUAAAACGCCUUCGAUGUCGCCGUCGCCGUUGCAGUCACCGUCGCUACUGAUGUCACUAUCGCCGUCGUCACAGAUAUCAUCAACAUCAUCAUCAUCAUCUGCAUCGCUUGCAAAAUCAGUUCUAAAGUUGGCAAAUAUAUAUCUUUCCGAACUUCACAGAAUCGAUAUCACCAAAAAUACUUCUUUGCAGACGGCUAUGAGGAUCUUUGAACACUUCAUUAUCAGUAUUGAAAACAUCUCAAAUCUUUCCGACGGCCAGUCUGAUAUGGAAAAAGUAGGACAAAGGAGAGAAUCCAUCUUUAAGGUGGCAGUCGUCCUUGAAGAAAUUGCCAUAAAUUAUAGCAAGCAUCAUCUGCUCAGAACAAACCAUUCAAAAAGGAUCCAUAGCCAGAAGAUGGUUCUGAGUAUCUACAGGGCCUCUAGGCGACGCGCAAGCGGAUUCCAUUCAUGGAAAGAAGAAGGGCAAGCGAGCAUAAAUGUUUCCUCUGCAAAUUUUGCGGACUAUGGACAAGUUGUUAUUGGCUGUGUGUACAAGGAUCUCCAUCAGUUACUACAGUUGAAACGGCCCAUAAAGAAAAACAUAGGCAUUACAAGGGACGUAGGCUCUAAGAUAAUAUUCGUCGCUAUGUAUCCAAAACCGAAGAAAUUGCGAGAAAAUGUAACCUUGAAGUUCAGAGACUUAAAGGGAGUGGAAGGACGUAAGGUGUGUGCGUUUUGGAGUGGCUUCAGAGAAAGAUCUGCGUCAGACGGAUUUUCAGAAGAGGGAUGUCAUCCUAUUACAUCGGAAAGAGACUCAGAAGAAACAAUUUGUAGUUGCAAUCAUUUGACACACUUUGCUGUGUUAGUGGACUACAACAGUGACCUAAAGCUCACCGAAGAGGAUGAAACUAUUCUGGAAAUUAUUACCUACGUGGGACUAAGCCUUUCCAUUGUUGGGAUACUUUUGACAAUUAUUCUAUAUUCCUUCCUCACAGAUGUACGUGAGCCUCUGUCUCAAAUACGACUUAGUCUUUCUGUGUCCCUCGGAGCUGGACAAAUGAUCUUUCUCGCCGGUAUAAACGCCACAGAAAAUACGGCUGCAUGUGUUACAGCAGCAGUAUUCAUGCAGUAUUUUUUGAUGGCCGCUUUCUUUUGGAUGCUGGUUGAGGGAGUUUACCUUUACCUGUUGGUUGUAAAAGUUUUCAACAUCACUGAAAAGAUGCACAUGUAUCACGUCAUGUCAUGGGGUUCGCCCAUCAUCGUGAUCGGCAUUUCACUUUUUAUUACUGCUGGAAAAGGUGGACUUCAAAGUUAUACCAGUGACAAAUAUUGUUGGCUCUCCUCCACUAACAAUCUCAUCUGGAUAUUCAUCUCAUUUGUGCUGUUCAUUGAAGUUCUCAACAUUUUGAUACUCGUCCGAGUCAUAAGAGAGAUGACCACACUUGUGCAACCUUUGGGGGAAUACAACCAUAUUCAGCAGAUAAGACUUAGCAUAAAAACAUGCGCGGUGAUGGUUCCACUAUUGGGCUUUACAUGGCUAUUUGGUCUUUUUUUACCAAUGCACAAAACUUUUGCUUACAUUUUAACCAUCUUUAACUCUAUACAGGGUUUCCUAAUUUUCGCCUUUCAUUGUGUGCGAAACAGCCAGAUUAGAGAGCGAUUUAAAAGGAAGACGAACACCAUUUUUCCAUCUACAGCAGAUAAUGGAAACUCCAUAAAGAAAUCCACAAAAAUUAAUCCAAGUGGUGCCAGCGAUAUGCGAGCAAUUGAACUGCAGUCUUUCAAUGAUUAGCUGUAUAAUUGAGAAAAAAGUAUCAAUUGACGUUUGGUAAUGCGCUGUCACUUAAUACAACAGAGUUGAUGAAGGUAGAUCGAUGUUCAGUCUAGUUGUGUCUGUGAAGUUAGCUGGGUCGUUCUGAUUAUUGCGACAUGUCUUAAAUGAGGUGACUAUAAUGCUAACCCUUUACCAUUAAGCGCGCGUUAAAGUACUGCACAAAUAGUUUGGCUAGAAAUGAAAAAUUUGGAUGUGCCCUUUGCCUCCUAAGUAUUUUAGAUGUAAACAAACGCAUUUUCUAGAUCUUUAACUUUGCUUGUAUCAGAUCCAGCUUAUCGUUAUGAAUGUUAAACACUCUACCAUCCCGUCCAGUUAGAAAAUCAUUUAUGAAAUAAAUUACAUUAACAGAAACAUCCGUAUCGAUACGAUCUAGAAAAAUGUCUAAACAUGGACAAUCUAAAAAUAUUUUUUUUACAUGUAUUAAGUUGCUUCUUGUGUGGCUUGUCAGAUACAUAAAUCUUCAGGAAUAGCAAAUGACGUGAGCUGUAGCUCGUUUUGUCCAUAGGGAAGCAGUGCUGAGCAACGUUUCGUCGAUAUAAAAACCAGGGUGGGAGAGAAAUAACGCGGCAGAUGAGUCAGUAUUUGAAGAUCCUGAAAAUAAACUCUUGUCCUUCUUUAGAAGGUUCUCCUUUACUCUAGUUUCUAAAUAUUUUGCCAAAGAAAGGAAAAUUCUGGUACUUAGCAAAAUGCAGUUUAAGACCCAAGGCAGCAUGAUUUUCAAGCUUCUUUUGAGCUUUAUGCAAUAAGAUAUAAGGACGUUUUCUGGAAUGAAGUGCUGCGUGCUAAGAACCAUUUUAUGAUGAAUCCAGUUUCCAGCCCUUACUCAUAUAGCUGGAAAUGAAAAAGGGUAUUGUUUUAUGUCUGUGUGUUUGGCACCCAGGGACUGGACAUGGACGCUGACGGAGAUUCAGGGCGUCUGAUAAUAUGAAGGUUUCACUCAAACUAUGGGAGAGCGUAGCUGACCAGACAAGCUUUCGGAAAACAGACAGCUGCUUGAAAACUAUCAGUAGCUUUUGUGAAAUUAGCAUUUGUCCUAAGGCUUGAACCAAUAGUCUCUUUCUCUGUCCCUUCAUUUCUCUUCAUCAAACGGAUUAGAACAAUUUAACAGUGCAAGGAGGUUAAAUAAUGUUUUAGUAAUUGAAGACAAUUGCAAUGCCAAAUGGUCUAUCUUCUAAUUGCUCUAAAUUUCCCUGAUUUGUAUAAUAUU